AUGGACAUUCCACGAACUCCAAGCUGGAACGCCCCUAUGAUUCUCGCGCACAAGGAAUCAGCCGUCACCAUUGUCUCAAGCUCGACUGAUGGUGUGGACGACAGUCUCACUUCAAAAAGUGUCCCUGACGCUGCGGUGGUCGGUGAAGAGAGCAUCACCGACCUGGGAGGAGAGCCCAUAACAAGCAUAGCUUCCUCAUGCGACUUUAUCUCUGCCCUGUCGGGAAAAGGUAUUGACCACGUUCGAAUAUGCUGGCUCGACAUGACGAGCACGCUUCGUGCCCGGCUUGUCCCUACACACCGCGCACUUUUCCUUCUCCAACAAUCCCACACACGUCAAGGGCCGCUCGAGACGGGGCUGAAAGUGAGUGUCGCAACAGCUGCCUUGUCCAUCCUCCAGAAUGAUCAUUUGAUCAAUGUGGCGGGUGCUUCACCCGUGGGAGAAUGGGAUCUGUGCGCCGAUCUUACUUCCCUGCGGUUGGGCCCACGCAACCGCCAUGCCAUGCUCAUGGGCAACUUUCGCGAGAAGAGCGGAGAGCCCGUCCCAUCAUGUCCGCGCACGCUCCUGGAGGACACUAUGCGCCGUGCGUCGCAGCAUGGCCUCUCCGUCCUCCUCGGCUUUGAGAUUGAGUUUGUGCUUCUCGAGCGCAAGGGUCCGCGGCAGUACGACAGGCUCUCGUCGGAUGCUCAUGCUUGGUGUUCCUUUGGUGCUACAGAUACCCAAGAUCCCGCUGGCGCCGUCAUUGAAGAAGCGGUCGCCUCGUUGGCACGGGCUGGCGUGUUGGUUGAGCUAGUCCACGCGGAGAGUGCCUUUGGGCAGUUUGAGAUUGUUCUACCCCCAAAGCCGGCGCUUGCGGCUGUCGAUACCCUCAUCUACGUGCGCGCCAUUCUUGCGACAACCGCGACUGCCCAUGGAUACAAGACGACACUACAUCCCAAGCCAUUCCCGGAUACCGCGGGCACGGCAGCGCACGCGCACAUGUCGCUCAGGGGGGUUGAUGGAGAGCAAGUCGAUGAUGCCCAAAUCUAUGAACCUUUCUACGCAGGUAUACUGAGCCGUCUUCGAGGUGUCAUGGCAUUCACAUGCGCCAGUCCAUGCAGCUAUGAAAGAGUUGUGGAUGGCUGCUGGGCGGGCGGUACCUGGGUAACGUGGGGAUACCACAACCGCGAGACCCCCUUGCGCAAGGUGGACGGGAGUCAUUGGGAGAUUCGAUGCGUGGACGGUCUGGCGAACCCGUAUCUGGCAAUGAGCGCGAUCAUAGCCUCGGGCCUACGCGGCAUUGUCUCCAAGACACCCAUGGCCUGGAAGGAGUGCACAGUCGAUCCAGCGGUCUUGUCCGAGGCGGAGAGGUCCAGGUUGAAUAUCCGGGAGCGACUUCCCACGACGCUAGAGGAGGCUCUCUGCGCUCUGGAAAAGGACGGAGAGAUGGCCAACUCUAUGCUGGGUGAGGCGAUGGUGGAGCGAUACGUUGCCAUCAAGAGGGCCGAGAUUGGGAUGCUGCAGAGCAUGAAGCCUGAUGAACAGCGCCAGUGGAUCAUCGAGAGGUAUUGA